AUGUCCUCUCGCUCCGCCACCCCUGCCUCGACACCUUCGCUUGUCAACUGCCGCCUCGCCUCUCUGCUCGUGGUCCUCGAGGCUCCGCCGACCACCGAUGCCGCGCUCGACGUGGUCGAAGAGUGGGCGCAAGACUUGUCGCCGCUCGUCCUCUCCUAUCGCAAGGCCCUGGGCGCCAUCCGCGACGAGGAGACGGAGCUGCGCGUCGCCGCCGCCAUCAAGCAGCUCGCCGAGCGGGCGUCGGAGUCUUGGGUCGAGUGGGCGCGCGGGGACUGGCCCGAGCUCGCGACCGCCAUCGACGCCGAGGUCGAACGACGGGUCGAAGAGCAGAAGCGCCUCGCCGAAGAGGAAGCACGACGUGUUGAUAGGCGCCAAGCCCCUCUGGGCCCCGAUACACCUCUUUUCGGCAAUCACAUCCCGCCCGGCACUUCGACUCAGUCACACAACAGUUCGAUUUCGCCUUCGACGCUCUUCGACAUCUUCGACGGUGCGCGACGCUUACUCGAAGCUCGGCACGGUCGUCCCGAUGCCUCACGCGUAGAUCUCGGAACAUCUUCCGCAUUCGGCGAACAAUAG